GUGUUCUCCAUCGUGGUGUUCGGCUCCAUUGUCAAUGAAGGGUACGUGAACCGCCUGGACGAGACGCAAGAGCACUGCAUUUUCAACCGCAAUCGCAAUGCCUGCAACUAUGGCAUUACCGUGGGUGUCCUCGCCUUCCUCAGCUGCCUUCUUUACCUGGCUCUGGAUGCCUACUUCCCGCAGAUCAGCAGCGUCAAGGACCGCAAGAAGGCAGUGCUUUCGGACAUCGGAGUCUCGG